CUAGUGAAGGGAAUCCUGAAGGUUCAGUUCAGUCUCAACCAGACGUUCAACUCAGAUCUUUCCAACCCGUCCUCUUCAGCAUUCAAGAAUCUGUCUACCAACGUGGUCACUAAUGUGAACAAGGUUUAUGCUGGGACGCCAGGAUUCAAUCGUUCUAUUGUCAACUCAUUCAGGAAUGGAUCUGUAGUUACCGACAUGACCCUCGUGUUCGACAAGCAGUCUUCGGUUCCCAGCUCAAGCAGCGCACAGACAAUUCUCACCAACAGUUCCACCUCCCUGAACAUUCUACCAGGCAGCAUCAGGGUUGAUGUUGCCACAACCACUCCUGCAGCAGCUGUUACCACCACCACUCCUGCAGCAGCUGUUACCACCACCACUCCUGCAGCAGCUGUCACCACCACCACUCCUGCAGCAGCUGUCACAACCACCACUCCUGCAGCAGCUGUCACAACCACCACUCCUGCAGCAGCUGUUACCACCACCACUCCUGCUGUCGCAUCAACUGACCCUCCAUCUUCUAGUGAAGGAAUCCUGAGUCUUCGGUUCAGUCUCAACCAGACGUUCAACUCAAAUCUUUCCAACCGGUCAUCUUCAGAGUUCAAGACUCUGUCUGCCAACGUGGUCACUAAUGUGAACAAGGUUUAUGCUGGGACGCCAGGAUUCAAUCGUUCUAUUGUCAACUCAUUCAGGAAUGGAUCUGUAGUUACCGACAUGACCCUCGUGUUCGACAAGCAGUCUUCGGUUCCCAGCUCAAGCAGCGCACAGACAAUUCUCACCAACAGUUCCACCUCCCUGAACAUUCUACCAGGCAGCAUCAGGGUUGAUGUUGCCACAACCACUCCUGCAGCAGCUGUUACCACCACCACUCCUGCAGCAGCUGUCACCACCACCACUCCUGCAGCAGCUGUCACCACCACCACUCCUGCAGCAGCUGUCACAACCACCACUCCUGCAGCAGCUGUUACCACCACCACUCCUGCUGUCGCAUCAACUGACCCUCCAUCUUCUAGUGAAGGAAUCCUGAGUCUUCGGUUCAGUCUCGACCAGCCGUUCAACUCAAAUCUUUCCAACCCGUCCUCUUCAGAGUUCAAGACUCUGGCUUUCAAAGUGCAAUCUGAAGUGAACAAGGUUUUUGCUGGGACCCCAGGCUUCCGUCGUUGCAAGGUCAACUCAUUCAAGAGAGGAUCUGUAGUUACCGACAUGACCCUUGUGUUCGACAAGCAGUCUUCGGUUCCCAGCUCAAGCAGCGCACAGGCAAUUCUCACCAACAGUCCCACCUCCCUGGGCAUUAUACCAGGCACCAUCAGUUUCGGGUCAUCAACCACAUCAGGAAGUGCUCCCCGACCCACUGCCUUCACUCUGGCUGCCUUGCCUCUCAGUUUGGCUCUGUUAAUGGUACAGCUGUUGGCUAGCUAAUAGCCUGGGGCAUAGCUGCUGUGGCUCUGCUAGCUGCUAGGCUAGCUAAUAGCCUGGGGCAUAGCUGCUGUGGCUCUGCUAGCUGCUGGCUAACCAAUAGCCUGGGACAUAGCUGCUCUGGCAUUGGUUUAACCAAUCAAUGGUUUCCCAGCUCUCAUAGAUACAGCCUUAAAGCUAGAAUCCUUAGUUGCUACACCCAUUUUUGACCAAUAAAUUAAUUAUAUCUACCCAUUGAUUCUAGAAGAAUGUAACAUAUGAAUGCCUCAUGAGUUUAGCUCAACUGUCGUACCCCAUCAGAACCCAAAAUAUAAGCUUGUUUUACUCCAAUGUUUCUAAACAAUGCAAACAAACACUGUAUAGCUUUAAAACAUUAUUAAAACUAUAAUUCUGA